AUGUUGUCACAGACCGUCUACCGCGUGACCUCGCAGACAGGCAUUGAUGGCCUAGAGUCCUUUCAAGAACCCGUGCCAGCAGCUGGCAAGCAUGAAAUCCUGGUCAAAGUGCUAAGUGUGGCUUUGAACUUCCGAGACAUCGCCAUUAUCAACGGCACAUAUCCGGUGGCGGUCAAGCAGAAUGUCGUCCCCUGCUCGGACAUGGCUGGUGAGGUGGUACAAGUUGGUGAGGGGGUGGUGAGUUUCACCGAGGGUGAAUUGGUCACGGCACCCGUGAGCCUCGACACAGUGUAUGGACCAGUCAGGGACGGUGCCGGCUCUCUCGGUGGCACAGAGGAUGGCGUCCUUCGCCAAUACUUGACGCUGCCGGCGAGCUCAGCCAUCAGGCUGCCCAAGUCCAACCUGGGGCCCAAUGAAUGGGCAGCCACGGUGACCACUGGUUAUACUGUGUGGAAUGCAUUCUACGGUUCCACGCCUCUCAGGCCCGGCGACACGGUCCUGGCGUUGGGCACAGGAGGCGUCUCCGUCCUCGCCGUUAUCAUCGCCAAAGCCGCUGGGGCAACGACCAUAAUAACCUCAUCGAGUGACGACAAGUUGGAGCAGGUCAAGAAGCUCUUCCAGGUCGAUCACACCAUCAAUUACAAGACGCACCCAGCAUGGGCCGAGGAGGCGAAGACACUUACAAACGGUCACGGCGUGGAUCAUGUCAUCGAAGUAGGCGGCGUCGGGACCAUCGAACAAAGUAUCGCCGCGGUGACGAACGGAGGCACCGUCUCGGUGAUCGGCUUUCUGGCCUCGCUCCCGGACGACAGGAUGCCUAACGUGACGCUGCAAAUUCUGCUCAAAGGCGCGAAGCUUCGCGGCGUCUUGGGGGGCUCCAAGAUGCAACUGGAGGAAGCCAUUCGUUUCAUUGCGGCGAGAAACUUGCCGGUCCCCGUCGACAAGGUAUUCCCAUUCACUAAAGAGGGUAUCUUGGCGGCCAUCAAGUAUGUAGAAUCCGGUCAGCAUAUAGGCAAAGUAUGCAUCAGGAUAGACUAG